AUGAGUAUGGAAAUAGAAGUUGAUCACUCUGCAAAUAUAGAUGUUAUCGAUAGAUAUAGUCCACUAGGUUUUAGAAUUCCUGGUUUUAAUGACUAAUCUAAGAUAAUUGAAAUAGUCAAGCAAAAAUUUCCUGAAAAUAAAGGAAUAGAAGAACUCAGACAUCCAUCUAAUCUAACAAUGGAUGACCUAACUAGGGAAUUAAAAAGAGAGAAUAUCAUUCAGCAUAAUUAAAACAUUGUAUAUAGAGAUUCAUACUAUUACAUAGAUGCAAUUGAUCACAAAACUCUAUCUGAAACAGAGCAAGCAUUUGACAAUGCUUACGAUCCUCUUAACAAUAUCCCUGGUGAUAACGAAACUUAGAACUGGAAAAAUAACUAGCCAGGCAUUAAGCUAAUCCAAUCAAAAGAAUAAAAGACAAUAAAUGGCACAUAAGUUACUGGAGCCCAAUACGUAUUAGAUGGAAAACUGGUUUAAAGUGGCCCAGCAGCAGCAAUGGCAGGCGCAACUACGAAUAAAAAUCCCAAUGUAAUUAUGCAAUCACAUUUAACUUAUUAAUUGACAGCUAAUCCAAAGAGUGUAAUUUUUGAAAUUAAGGAUCCAAUCAUUUUGAGUACAAAUCUCAUUGAAAUUUUCUGCAAGUGCUAAAAAUCAUACGAAGGAGAACUGAUGAUAAAGUGUUCAAACGAUAACUGCAAGAUAAAGUGGUUCCACCCUGUUUGUGUAGGUCUUGGAAAUAUAAAUCCAAGAGCUCUUGAAGACUUAUAAUUUACUUGUGAGGAUUGUAAAGAAUCCGAAAGAAAUAUCAAAAAACAAUCUACGAACAAUGGUAUGGAUAAAGCUUCACGUAAAAAGGCAACCAAAAAUUGA